AUGGAACGUCCUGCAAGAAAUGUUAUUCUUAAAUAUGUUGCUUUCUUUGAAGAGCACAUAAUGGUAUGCAUUUCACCUUUUGAACCCCAGCCUCAGCAUUUAUCGUAUAUUGGAAUAUAUGAUUGUUUGAUUGAAUCCAGGGAGAAUCUGUCAAAAUUAAAUAUGCCUUGAAAAUAAGAUAAAGCUUAGUUUCAAAAACCUUGUCAUAAAGAAUUCCUAGCUAUGAUAAUUGUUAAAUUUUUGCUAAUUGAGAAAUGCAACACUUUGAUUUACAGUUUGUGAGUGACAUAUUUGACAGGGGAACUUACAUACAUGAUUAUGGCUCUAAAAAGGAAACAGUUUACCUUGAUGAGACAAAAGGUAAAGGCUGCUGAGGUCAAUAUGCCUAACAACUUAAUUUUGGUACAUCACAUUAACUGUAGAUAGCUAUUAAUGAUUACACUGUCACACAGUGAACUACAAUUUUUCUCCAAUUUUUUCUCUUAAAUUGGGCUGUGACACAUGGAAUCUAAGUAUAGAAUUUCCAUCCACUUAAGUGAACUGUUUUGUCUUUAUUGUUUCUUCUUUGUUGUUUGUCCUGCAUUGGUGUUCGUAGUGGUGUUCACAUGAAAUAAUUUUUGAAAUUAAGUAAAUCUUGUGUCCAUUCUCCAAAAGAGCUUAAAGCCUUUUUGCUUAAACUUGAAGAGUGGUGGGAAAAAAAACAAAAUGAGGUGGAAACAGCAUUCCUUAAGCUAG